AUGUCAUCAAGUCGCCUACCAAACUGCCACUGCCGGAUGUUCAGGAGGACCCAUCAGAGAGGGAGGACGACAACACGGCCUUUAUUGUGUCCGAGUAUGGGGACACUGAAUUCCCUACCUGGUCCUACUGCUUGUGUAAGGAUUGGAUUUUCGUCUUUUUUUCUUCUUUUGCGUUACGCUGUGCUAACCCAAACUGCGCAAACAGGUGAUGCUGGAUGUUCAUGCGAUUACAAAAACGACACCAGGAAAGGUAGAAGCACCCAUCCCUACUCGAGACCUGGAUCAGACUACGACUUGGGGUCUCUGAGCGACGGUGAUUUCAACGGAAGCCCACGGUCUAGGAAAAGGCGCGUCGGAUCCGAUGCAGGGAUUGCGAGCUGGGGGACCAGGCUUGGUUCAAGAUUGACAAGCCUGCCGCGUUGGAGAUCGGCAUCCGUGUCCAGGCGUGCCAACCUGGCGUUUUCACCCGCAUCUGAUCCAGCUCUUGCAGAACAACGAAGGCCCAGCUUCUCUCAUGCCGCCUCGAGCAGAUCGUCAUCCGUCUCUGUGCCGGCCAUGGCCCGCGUCCCCGAGUCUGUUCCCGCAACGCCUGCGCUAUCAUUCUACGAGAGCACCGACAGUAUUGUGCCGACUUCUCCCCUUGAUAUCCAGCCAGCGGCCAUGGGAAAACGUCUGGAGCGGGACCGAUCCAUGGCCACCACCCCUCUUCUCCCACCUCUGAUGAUGGAGAAAGCCGGUCACCAAACCCAACCGCAGUCGCUUCAGACGUCGCCUUUGCAGUCGCCCGCAGUGGUGCCCUCCCCGAUGCCCGAGUUUCCAGUGCAGGCGCCCUACCCGACACCUCCCCUCAGCACAAAGGCGUCUUUCACCUCUCUCCGCCGAGGAACUGUGUCGAGCAUCUUCAGCGACCUUCCUUCUCCCGUGGUGAUGACUCCCACCAUACUUGUGGAGCAGCAGCCAGAUGCAUGGUCGGACCGUCUGGGACACGCAAACUUCACCAUUGACCCAAAGCCAUAUGUUCCCGAGAAGGCGGAUCUGGUCACCUUUCAAGCAUUCUGUUCAGACUGGAACCUGGCCAGGACCAAUUACGCAAAGCAUCUCGGGCGGACCGGAGAACACUACGGCACCACCUCCAAGACGUACGCCCUCACCGAGGCCAAGUGGGCCGACAUUGAGAGUGAGUGGCAGCAGGCGGAGCAAGCCCUGAUCCAGAGGGUGGGUCAGUCUGGGAACGGCAACCCUUCCAUUAUCUCGCAUUUGCGACGGACGGCCGAAGAAAUGGUUCCGUGUGGAAUUCCCCAAAUCCAGAAUAAUGACGGCAAGUUUCCGGCACUAGGAGAUUCCGAGAUUGUGGGGCCCAUGGCACGCGAUGCUGUCAUGGUCCGCGACGGACACGACGAGAAGAGGAGCGCCUCGAUCUGGUUGAAGAAUUUGGCCGAGAAGGUUGGCCUGAGAAAGUAA